UGGCCAAUGGGAAGGUCGGAUAUAAAAUCCGACCUCAGAUUAGGAAUCCUGGUCCUCGAUAACCUAUGGUAAAGUUUUAUGGAAAAUAACCCUUUUUGUUUUCACAUUAUUGUUCGACCAAUCAGUGAAGUGCGGACACACAAGCAAGCAAACAAUUUAUUCUUGCUAGACUCUUCUCUACGAUAAAGAGAAUAACAUGAUUUUUACCUACUUCAAGUGACAUCUAACAAAGAGAAAACAAAAUAUAAAAUCCAACGAAGGUCAAGUAAACCAAGUGUAUAUAUAUAGACAAAACAAUAUAAAACGAUAAGAAAAGAAAGUCGGUGUGUUACUCUUACCUUUUUUCAUAUACUGCACUAAUAGUCUAGUUUGUUAUUGCAAUCUAAACAAAUCAAUAAUGUCUUCUACAUCUGUUACAACCAUAACUGGAGUUAUAGUAGAUGAUAUUCGUUUUCCAACAUCUAAACAACUCGAUGGUAGUGAUGCUAUGUCACCUGAUCCUUAAGAUUUUCUAUAUUAUUAAAAAGAAUUAAAGCUUUCCUCAAUUUUAAUUGAUAGAGAUUAUUCAUCAGCUUAUGUAAUUCUUCAUACGGAUAAUCCAUUACUUGAAGGUCACGGUCAUUCAUUUACAAUUGGUCAUGGUACAGAAAUCAUUUGUGUUGCUAUAAAAGCUCAUACACAUUUACUUAUUGGUCGUACACUUGAAGAAUUUAUUUCCAAUCCUGGUGCUUUUUGGCGUCAUCUAACAACUCUAAGUGCUAUUGUUAACGCUCUUUGGGAUUUAUAUGCUAAACGUGAAGGAAAACCAUUAUGGAGACUUAUUUCUGAUUUAACACCUGAACAAUUUUUAAAAUGUAUUGAUUUUCGUUAUAUAUCUGAUGCAAUAACACCUGAUGAAGCGUUAAAAAUGUUAAAAGAACUUGAAUCAACAAAAUCUGAACGUAUAAAACAAAUUGAAGAGCAAGGUUAUCCAGCUUAUACAUCAUCUGCUGGUUGGUUAGGUUAUUCGGAUGAAAAAAUUCAACGUUUAUGUCGAGAAGCUAUCAAUGAAGGUUUUACACAUUUAAAAAUAAAAGUUGGUCGAGAUUUACAAGAUGAUAUUCGACGAUUAAAAAUAAUUCGUCAAAAAGUUGGAUAUGAUCGACAUAUUAUGAUUGAUGCUAAUCAAGUUUGGGAUAUUGAUCAAGCUAUUGAAUGGAUGAAAUAUUUAGUUGAAUUUCAUCCAUAUUGGAUUGAAGAACCAACAUCACCUGAUGAUAUUCUUGGUCAUGCUCGUAUUUCACAAGCACUUCAAUUAUAUAAUAUUGGUGUUGCUACAGGUGAACAUGGAAUGAAUCGAGUUUUAUUUAAACAAAUGUUACAAGCAAAUGCUUUACAAUUUUGUCAAAUUGAUUCAUGUCGUUUAGGUGGAGUUAAUGAAGUUUUAGCUGUACUUUUAUUAGCAGCUAAAUUUCGUGUACCUGUAUGUCCACAUGCUGGUGGUGUUGGUUUAUGUGAACUUGUACAACAUUUAUCUAUGAUUGAUUUUGUUGUUGUUAGUGGAACAUGGGAAAAUCGUGUUAUAGAAUUUGCUGAUCAUUUACAUGAACAUUUUGAAGAUCCUUGUAUUAUUAAAAAUGGACGAUAUGUUGCACCAAGUCGACCAGGUUAUAGUACACAAAUGAAAAAAAAUAGUCGACAACAAUAUUCAUUUCCGAAUGGACCUGUUUGGAAAACAAAUUCAUAA